UUCUCCCCUCAGUCCCUCUCACUCUCAGCCUACAGCUUCAUCGGACUAACACCGGGCUUUGGACUGAAAGAAACCGACAAUAAGACAAAACAGAGGCCGAAAAUGGCAGAGCUUGUUGCGGGAAGCCUGCCGUUAGGGGAUCCUGCUUUUAAUUACCAGGAACACGAGCUGAGCGAACGGCUGAAACGGCUCUACCCGGCUGUAAACGAGGAAGAGACCCCGUUACCCCGUUCUUGGAGCCCCAAGGAUAAAUACAGCUACAUCGGGCUGUCACAGAACAACCUGCGGGUCCAUUACAAAGGCCAUGGAAAGAACCACAAGGACGCAGCAUCAGUGCGAGCCACACACCCAAUCCCUGCUGCCUGUGGGAUCUACUACUUUGAAGUGAAGAUCGUCAGUAAAGGUCGAGAUGGGUACAUGGGCAUCGGUCUGUCUGCCCAGGGAGUCAACAUGAACAGACUGCCUGGAUGGGACAAGCACUCAUAUGGUUACCAUGGAGAUGAUGGCCACUCCUUCUGCUCCUCUGGGACUGGCCAACCUUAUGGUCCGACCUUCACCACUGGCGAUGUGAUUGGCUGCUGCGUCAACCUCAUCAACAAUACUUGCUUUUACACCAAAAAUGGCAUAAGUUUAGGUGUUGCCUUCACAGACCUCCCUCCUAACUUGUAUCCCACCGUGGGGCUUCAGACGCCCGGUGAGAUUGUAGACGCAAACUUUGGCCAGCAGCCGUUUGUCUUUGACAUCGAAGAUUACAUGAGCGAAUGGCGGGCCAAGAUACACGGCAUGAUCGCACGUUUCCCCAUCGGAGAGCGGCUGGGCGAGUGGCAGGCCGUCCUGCAGAAUAUGGUGUCCAGCUACCUGGUGCACCAUGGCUACUGUGCCACUGCGACAGCCUUUGCCAGAGCCACAGAAACCAUGAUCCAAGAGGACCAGAUGUCUAUAAAGAACAGACAAAGAAUACAGAAGCUGGUGUUGGCAGGACGAGUGGGUGAAGCCAUAGAAGCCACUCAGCAGCUUUAUCCAGGGCUGUUAGAGCGCAACCCAAACCUACUAUUCAUGCUGAAAUGUCGUCAGUUUGUGGAGAUGGUGAAUGGUACAGACAGCGAGGUUCGCUGUUUGACCGUCCGUUCCCCAAAGUCCCAGGACAGUUACCCUGGCUCACCCAGCCUCAGCCCCCGCCACGCCACCAGCAACACACGCCUGCACAGUGGAGGAGCAGACAGCCCCACCUGCAGUAAUGGUGUGACCCCCCCUAGUAAGUCAAAGAGCCACAGCGGCAGUAUCAAAUACCCCAGCGCAUCCUCCUCCGCCUCCGCCUCCUCCUCCACCUCCUCCUCCCCUUCUUCUAUCAACUACUCAGAGUCCAACUCCUCCGACUCCACCAAGAGUCAGCCGCACAGCGCCAACAGCACCCAGGAAACCAGUGACAGUGAGAUGGAGAUCGAAGCUGAGCACUACACCAACGGUGUUGUUGAAGGCUCCUCCGCGCGGAUCAUGAACGGCACGUACAAACACGAAGAGAUCCUUCAGCCCGAUGAUAACAGCAUCGGUAACGGGGUCACAGAGGAGAGAUGCAGUAACAGUCGGCAGCUUUGCGGUGGGAACCAGGCAGCCACGGAGAGGAUGAUACAGUUUGGACGGGAGCUGCAGGCGCUCAACGAACAGCUGUGCCGCGAGUAUGGCAAGAACGCCACGCACAAGAAGAUGCUGCAGGAUGCAUUCAGCCUGUUAGCAUAUUCAGACCCGUGGAACUGCCCUGUGGGCCAGCAGUUAGACCCUACGCAGAGAGAAUCACUCUGCUCCGCACUCAACAGCGCCAUACUGGAGUCCCAAAACCUGCCUAAACAGCCUCCGCUGAUGCUAGCGCUCGGCCAGGCCACGGAGUGCGUCCAGCUCAUGGCUCGGGUCCAGUCUGGUUCCUGCUCUUUCGCCAGAGUAGACAACUUUUUGCACUAGCCCAAGUUCAGGUUAACUUUAAGUAGCACUGAGAGAAGGCGUGUCCAGCUGGUAGUUGUCAUGGCGAUGGAGGAGCAAGCAUGCGUGCGAUGGGUGUGUUUGGCCAUUGGCACAGGAGGAGAAUUGGAGAGGAGGAAUGAGAGAAGAAGGCUUCCUUUUUUAAUUUAGUAUUAUCAAAUAAAGAUGUGUGACACUA